AGUCUACUUAGCUUGCACGGUAACCCUCUCUGGGAACUUGCUAGAAACAGCAUAUUGAAAAUAAAAAUAAAACAGUAACAAUAUACGCUAUAUACUUACACACUAUAUUGUCUAAAUUGCGCAAGAUGGUCAAAUUCGUUAAAAUCACGCGCGCGGCACUGUAUUUCCCAGUGAGGGAAAAAGAGUUGCUUAUGUUUCGUCGAGUCACACGAUAGUAGCGACACGUAUCCGGCCACGUUAUAAAUUAAUCGCGCAGAAGCGCAAUGUCAACUUUGGAAUAUCGUGUCGGAGGAGCUUUGGUCGUCGUCGGCUAUUAAAUAAGAAGAUAAGCAGUCCCUUUGCUUCGUCCGGUAGCGCUUCAUGUUACGGAUCUGAAGUCAACAAACCAGCUUGCCCUCGACUUGCCCGCACGAAUCUCGUGAAAAAAAUGGAUUACUGGUCGCCGCUUCUGCUGCUGCUGCUGUCACUGUUCGGGCUGGUCUUUCGCGCGGGCGGUGUCGAGCUAACUUUCGAACUCCCGGACAACGCCAAGGAAUGCUUCUACGAGAAGAUCGACAAGAAUGUCACGUCUACCCUCGAAUUCCAGGUUGUAACUGGAGGACAGUACGACGUUGACGUUACUCUAGAGUCUCCGUCGAAAGAGGUCAUCUACAGGCAAGUGAAGACACAAUUCGAUUCGCAUACUUUUACACCCACCGAGACUGGUGUGUACAAGGCGUGCUUUAGCAAUGAAUUCUCCACCUUCUCGCACAAACUCGUCUACAUGGACUUCCAAGUUGGUGAUGAGCUGCCACUCCCUGGUCUUGGCGAACAUGUAACAGUCAUGACACAGAUGGAAUCUUCAGCUCAGGAGAUUCACAAAAACUUGAACAGCAUUCUUGACUAUCAAACUCAUCAUCGUCUUCGAGAAGCUCAAGGCCGCAAGAGAGCAGAAGAUUUGAAUGAGCGUGUUUUAUGGUGGUCAAUUCAAGAAACUAUUGCCAUAAUAGUUAUCAGCGUAGGCCAGGUGUUGGUUCUCAAGAAUUUCUUUACUGACAGAAAGCCAGCAUACUAGGGUAAAAGAAUAAACUAAGCAGAGAUAUGUCAGAAUAUAGCAAAACUUGCUCAGGCCAUUAAUUCUGACAAUUUCUUUGUUCAUAUCUUUCAACAAGAGUUGAGAGCCUCAGGAUGAAAAGGUGAUCAAUAAAGACACUGUUUUUGUGAGUUGUGAAAUGCUUGUGUGUUCAUCUGGUAAAAAUGUCGGUACUUUUGAAAAGAAUGUAAUUUUGUCAUCACGUUUGUCAAUGAUUUAGUCAGCUUUGUAACACAUGAUGAGACAUGAAUGUUAAACUGUUUGAGAGCUUGUGUGUUUUUUCAUACAGUGCACAUGUAAAAUAAACCAAAUUAAAAUGAUUCUGUAAACUUGGA